UCUCCCCUCUUCCCCCCACUCUAAAGACUGCUGCCUCAACCCUAAUUUCUAGGGAGCACUUGUUUUAAAAGUUCAAUCCUUUUCAUCAAGAGUAAACAGAGUCUCGAUGUGUUAGAACGAAAAUGCAUCAAGCUUACAGUGGCAUUCCUUGCCUCAGUCUCACGGCACUUUCUGGGCAGGGUCGGUGGAAGAAUGCCAUACUCAUUUUUCUCCACGUCACACAAACCAUACUCAUUUUUCUCACGUCACACAAACCUUCUUUCCACUCUUCUUCAAACACCCAAUUAUUGAAGGUUAGCAUCCACAAGAAUGCACUUUCAGAGGGUAAGCAAUUCUAUUCUCAGAUAAGUGAAAGGGGACAUCCAGUUGCCAAAAAUAAUUUUUUACAGAAUACACUUAUCAAUAUGUAUGACAAAUGUGGAAGAUUGGUGGAUGCUCGUCAAACCUUCGACAACAUGACUGAACCAAACAUGUUUUCAUGGAAUGCAAUAAUUGGCGCUUACACAAGGCAUGGCCUUCCCCAACAGGCAUUGACACUCUUUCAUGAAAUGCAAGCAACAGGUGCUCAGCUUGAUGAGUUCACGUUCGCCAUAAUUCUCCACCUAUGUGCCAACGCCGCAUCUCUGAAACAUGGUUUGCAGAUUCACGGAUCAAUAAUUAGACGUGGGUUUCAAUGUCCUCUUAUUGUGAUGAAUACUCUUAUACACAUGUACAUAAAAUAUGGAUGCAUACACCAGGCAAGCGAACUGUUUGACGAAAUGCCUAAACGAGAUGUAGUAUCAUGGACUUCCGUCGUUGCUGGAUAUACCCGAAUUGGGUUUGUUGAAAAAGCCUUGGAAAUUUUCAGGCAAAUGCUUUCAGCAGGUGUAAAGCCAAGCUUGGGAAGCUUUUCGAGCGUCCUACCAGCGGUGGCCAAAGUGGGAGCUUUGAAACAGGGUAUGGAGAUUCAUGGAAAAAUAAUUGAAAGCCUGUUUUUGUCAGAUGAUGUAGUUGUGACCGCAGUUAUAGACAUGUAUGCAAAAUGUGGAAGCAUACAGAAAGCAAACAAACUAUUUGACAAAAUAGCUCACCGAAUAUAGUUUUGAACCGCAAUCAUGGCCGGAUGUUCACAAAGUGGGUUUGUUGACAGAGCUUUGGAUAUUUUCAAGAAAAUGCAACUAGCAGGCGUAAAACCAAACUUCGCAACUUUUGCUAGCAUACUUCCAGCUUGUGGCAGAAUGGGAGAUUUGGAACAGGGUAUGAAAAUCCAUCAAAAUGUAAUUAAAAACGGAUUUUUGUCGAACAUGGUUAUUAAUGCCUUUAUAGACAUGUAUGGGAAAUGUGGAAGCAUACAGCAGGCACAAGUAGUUUUUGACACAACGCGUCAACGGAAUGUGAUCUCAUGGAAUGCUAUGAUUGUAGGUUAUGUACAAAAUGGGAUGCUUGAUAAAGCCUUGGGAUUGUUUAAGCAAAUGGAAAUCACAGGUGUGAAGCCAGACUACUCAACCUUUGCUAGCAUCCUUCCUGCAUGCGCCAAACUUGAAGCUUUGGAACAGGCUAUGGAAACCCAUCAAAAGGUAAUCAAGCGUGGAUUUUUAUCUGAUGUUGUAGUCUUGACUGCCCUGAUAGAUAUGUAUGCUAAAUGUGGAAGCGUACAAAAGUCACGCAUAUUGUUCGACAAAAUGCCUCAACGAAAUGUAGUCUCAUGGACUGCAAUCAUCGCAGGAUAUGCACAAAAUGGACUUGUUGAAAAAGCCUUGGAGAUUUUUAAGCAAAUGCUAUUUGUAGGGGUAAAACCAAACUUUCCAACCUUUGUCAGCAUCCUACCGGCUUGUGCCAAAAUGGGAGCUUUGGAACAUGGGAUGGAGAUUCAUCAAAAAAUAGUCAAAGGCGGGCUUUUGUCUUAUGGUGUAGUUGCAAAUACCCUGAUAGACAUGUAUGCAAAAUGUGGCAGCAUACAGAAGGCACGAGAAUUGUUUGACAAAAUGGAUUAUCCUGAUGUUGCCACAUGGAAUGCAAUGAUUGCAGGAUAUGCAAUGCAUGGCUAUAGCAGGGAUGCCCUGAAACUUUUUGAACUAAUGGAGCACUUUGGAACCAAUCCUGACGUCGUAAGCUUCAUUUGUGUUUUAUAUGCAUGCAGUCAUGCAGGUGUAGUGGACAAUGGGUGUCAAUAUUUCCACAACAUGAGGAACUUCUAUCGCAUCGAACCCACAGUCGAUCAUUAUGUGUGCAUGGUUGACCUUCUUGCCCGCGCUGGCUAUCUUGAGAAAACCCUAAAUUUUAUCACCAAGAUGCCAAUAAAACCUGAUGUGGCCAUAUGGAUGUGUUUGCUUGGCGCUUGUAGAUCGUAUAGCAACAUAGCUCUAGGAGAAAAUGUGGCAAGACACCUUUUUGAUUUGGAUCCUAAAAAUACUGCGCCUUAUGUUCUUCUAUCGAAUAUCUAUGCAGAAGUGGGUAGGCAGAGUGACGCACAAAAGGUAAGGAAAUUGAUGAGAGAUAGAGGAAUUAGUAAGGUACCAGGAUGUAGUUGGAUUGAAGUGCAUAAAAUGGUGCAUGCCUUUUGUGUGGGAGACAGAUCACACCCACAAACAGAGAAAAUCUAUGCAGAGUUGGAGAAAUUGUCUUGGGAAAUGAAGGCAGAAGGGUAUAAUCCGGAUACAGCACCUGUAGUGAAUGAUGUGGAGGAAGAGGAGAAGAAAUUGCUUGUCUGCCACCAUAGUGAGAAGUUGGCAAUUGCAUUUGGGUUGCUAAACACAUCCCCUGGAACGACUAUUAGAGUUGCCAAGAACCUUCGUGUGUGUAGGGACUGCCACACUGCAACCAAGCUUAUCUCCAAGAUUGUUGCAAGAGAAAUUGUUGUGAGAGAUGCAAACCGUUUCCAUCAUUUCAAACAUGGACAAUGCUCUUGUGGUGAUUAUUGGUGAUGAUAAAGCAAGCAAGUUGUAAGUAAAGGCUUGCACCAUAACAAGGUGUACGGUUUAGACUUUCAGUGGUAAGAAGAAAUCAGUUGAUUAACUUAUUCUGUUUCUGACAUUGAACUGGUACCAGGGAUCUAAUACACCUUUCAGCUGAAGAGCUGGAAAAGGAUUCCAAAGGAUGAGAAAUACAAAACGAGUGGAAUGCUUGAAGGGAAUGGAAAGUCACUCAGCCAGUAGGAAAUGCAAUCAAGACAGUUUGUGGAUACAAUGACAGGAUCUAUUGAUCAAUUCUUUCUCCUUUGACAUUCUGUGUGGUCCUUUUGACUUGGCUAUACUAUGUUGUGCCCAUGCCAGGUAUCUAACAACCCUAAACUCAGCUUGGUGCCUAACGCCCUGAAGUCAUCCAAGUGCCCAACAACCCUAAAGUUGUCGAGGGACACUAAUGACUUGGUAGUUGGUACCUAACUUGGAGGGGUUUAAAUGCCCUCAUGUCAGCUGAAAUCCUCUUCCAUCGGUGCAAAAUUUUAAAACGAAGUAUCUGUUCAGAUGGAUUUUGUGUUGUUUUUAGGAAAGUAAUACCAACGACAUUUUGUGUCAAAUUGGAACCCUGACCAGGGAAUUUGCUAAAUCGAAUUUGAUUAUCGGUAUUCCUUAGCAGAGAAGACUGGAUGACUACAAGAUGUUCUCUAGGAAUUCAGAAGAUCCCUUUUAGGCAAUGGUUCUAUCGAGGGAAGUACUCCUUUUUUCUUGACAGGUGCUUGUGAGAAAAUUUGGGAGCACUUUGGAGUAAGCUGCUACCAUGAAAGCUAAAAUUUAAAAUGUGUUACAAUUUUUCAAAUUCUGCAUCCCAUUAAUCAUUAGAAAUAGUAUUGUUAUAAUUGUAAACUGAAUUUUGAAGAGAUUGUUUUGAUGGUUGAAAUUGCAAAUAAAGAGUGUGGUUGCAUUUUGCCUUUGCAACAUUGCCAACAAUAGAGGCAAAUACCUCAACAGGAGUUGGUUGAAGAAGUCUAUCUCCACAUUAAAUUACUCCCCAACAAUCUCUUACAUAUCCCCCAGUGCACAAGUUAUAAAUGUAUCCAUGAUAGUGGUCAAGCCUUUAUUACACGGGUGUUUGGAAACUUAAUUGUGGUUUUAUCUUGCACAUUGCAGUCAUAAUACCUGCACAUGCCAUCAGCUCUCUAGCAAAGACUCGGCCACAUUGGACUUG